AUGCCGCGGCCAUGCUUUUGCCAUGCCUGCGCCAGUAGCACCGCAUAUAAGACCACUCUUGCAGUACAAGCCUCCCAGUCACAGUUCUCUCCUCCUCAUCAAGCUUACCUUAUAGAUAUCAUGUCCGCCAACGAUAAGCUCUUCAAGGACCUGCAGCAGUCCAAGUCUCCGUGGUCUGCUACGCCCACCGUCAAUGCUACCAACUCCGGUGGAUUUGCUCACGUCACCGUUGAGCGCGAGGUGGGAAAGAAUACCAGCGUCGGUGGACAUGUUGGCUAUGAAUGGGCAGGCCCUACUCCCACUCGCCAGUACGGUGCCCCCUACGGAGGCGUCCACAUCAAAUACAGGUUUUGA